AUGAAACGCUUGACGAACAAGAGUGAGCCCACCGCGGAGCAAAUAGACAAGUGGACGCCAGACACCCUCAUUGACGCACUCCUGGCAGUGAAAGGGAAGCCGAUCACGAAACCCGUGCCGAUGCAAGAGGCUGAUAUUAAAUGUUGCAUUAGCAGACUCAAGAAAAUUCUGGAAGGAGAACCGAGUUUGCUGAACGUUGAGGCACCAUGCAAGGUGGUCGGCGACAUUCAUGGACAAUACCCGGACUUGCUGCGUUUACUGGACUGUGGCGGCUAUCCACCCGAGACGAAAUAUCUUUUCCUCGGAGACUAUGUGGAUCGCGGCCCGUACGGGAUGGAGUGCAUGCUGCUCCUAUCCGCUUUGAAAGUAAAGUACCCGGAAAAGAUCUAUCUCCUCCGCGGAAACCACGAGUGUGCGCCUAUCUCUCGUAUUUACGGGUUCUACGAUGAAGUGAAGCGACGAUUCAACGUGAAACUGUGGAAAAGCUUCUGCGAGAUGUUCAACCUUCUACCAUUAGCAGCAACCAUCGAUGAGAAAAUAUUCUGUGUUCAUGCUGGUUUGAGCCCAGAUAUCACCAGUAUGUCUGCUAUCAACAAUGUCAAACGGCCUGUGGAGGUCCCCGAGGAAGGUUUGGUUUGCGACUUAUUGUGGAGCGAUCCAGAACCCGGUAUAUCUGGCUGGGCGGAUAACGACCGAGGCGUGAGUUUCACUUUUGGCGGCGACGUAGUGCAAGAUUUCCUCGAGAAGUUCGAUUUUGAUCUGGUUGUCCGAGCGCAUCAAGUCGUUGAAGAUGGCUACGAAUUCUUCGCCCAGCGCCAAAUGGUAACGAUAUUUUCGGCACCUCAUUAUUGCGGGGAGUUUGACAACGCAGGAGCGAUGAUGUCCAUUCGAGACGAUCUCAUGUGCUCUUUCCAGCUCCUCAAACCAUCGAUUAAAAAGAAGUAA